ACAGGAAAAGCCUCCGCCGCCGCCGCCGCCGCGCUGACUCCGUUGUUGGCGCGGCUGCUGCUGCUGCUGGGCGCGCGGAGACGGCGGGGGCCUCCGAGAGCGCGAGCCAGAUUUUAAAAGAUGGAUUUGGCCAACCAUGGUCUUAUUCUUCUGCAGCAGCUCAACGCUCAGAGGGAGUUUGGUUUUCUAUGUGACUGCACUGUUGCUAUUGGUGAUGUCUACUUCAAGGCACACAAAUCUGUCCUUGCCGCUUUUUCCAACUACUUCAAGAUGUUGUUUGUUCAUCAAAGCAGUGAAUGUGUGCGUUUGAAGGCAACUGAUAUACAGCCAGAUAUUUUCAGCUAUCUUCUGCAUUUGAUGUACACUGGAAAGAUGGCUCCUCAGCUCAUUGAUCCUGUUCGACUGGAGCAAGGGAUAAAGUUUCUGCACGCAUACCCUCUAAUUCAAGAGGCUAGCCUUGCCAGUCAAGGAAAUUUUGCACAUCCGGAGCAAGUUUUUCCACUGGCAUCUUCCUUAUAUGGCAUUCAGAUUGCAGACCACCAGACAAGAAAUCCCACGAAGUCAGCCACGGCUGCUGACAAACCUUCUCGAGAACCAAGGCCACAGCCACCAAGAGUAAACCAAGAACAGGUGCAUGAAGCCUCCCAGCUGUCACAGUUGCCACCACCAACUCUGCCACAAGUGCCCCAGUCAAACAUGACUGCUUCUGACCCACUGCAGUCUUCGCUGUCUCCAGAACUGGUUUCAGCUGCUUCGCAUCCUUCUCCUCCGGGUGAUGAAACCAACAUGGAAGCCUCUUCCUCAGACGAUCAGCCUGCUUCUCUCACAAUAGCACAUGUUAAGCCAAGCAUUAUGAAGAAGAAUGGAAGCUUCCCCAAGUACUAUGCUUGUCACCUCUGUGGUCGACGAUUCAAUUUACGAAGUAGUUUGCGUGAACAUCUCCAGAUUCACACAGGAGUGCCAUUCACAUCCAGCCAUCAUGGAGAAAGUAGCCUCCCCCUGUCUCUUUGUAAUAAUGCAGCUGAAAAAGAUGCUAUGGAAGUGCCUGAGGCUGGAAUGAUCAGUGAUAGUGAGCUGCAGCAGAUCUCAGAUUCACCAAUAAUCGAUGGACAACAGCAGGCGGAAACACCACCGCCCUCUGACAUUGCUGACAUAGACAACUUGGAACAGGCAGAUCAAGAAAGGGAAGUUAAACGGCGGAAGUACGAAUGUUCCAUUUGUGGACGGAAAUUCAUUCAGAAAAGCCACUGGAGAGAGCACAUGUACAUACAUACUGGCAAACCUUUCAAGUGCAGCACCUGCGACAAAAGUUUCUGCAGGGCCAAUCAAGCUGCAAGACAUGUAUGUCUAAACCAAAGCAUGGACACAUACACUAUGGUGGACAAGCAGACUCUGGAGCUUUGUACUUUUGAAGAAGGCAACCAAAUGGACAAUAUGUUGGUACCGACCAACAAACCUUAUAAAUGCAACUUGUGUGACAAAACGUUCUCCACACCUAAUGAAGUUGUCAAGCAUUCGUGCCAAAGUCAAAACUCUGUCUUUAAUCUAGAAGAGGAUAGAUCCAUUUUGCUAGGUGGUGGGGAUGCUGAAACCACAGAGAGUGACCACUCUGUCUUAGACUCUAUCAAAAAAGAACAAGAAGCAGUGUUGUUAGACUGAUUGUGAAACUUGUAUCAUUUUUUUACAAAAACAAAAAAGCUAAAAAAAUGUUUUACUCAGUUUCAUUAAGCCUAUCCUUCUGCCCUCCCUCUCAGCCAUAACUACACUGACAUGAACAGAAGUCUGGCUGUCCCUUUUCCCAACAAAAAUAUAAAAUUAAUAAAGGGUAUGAAUAGUGCUAAAAAUGCAUCUGUAGCCGACUCUGAGGGAGCAAUCCUGUGGUCUCUGGUUGGUAUUUGUGGGUCUGUAGGGUAGUUCGGAUUCCCAGAUGAGAGGCUGGAGACCUUGGAGGAGGGCAUCUAAAAUCUGAGCCCCUCCCUUUGCAGCUGGUGCAGAAAAAACAUGCCGACUGACCACCAAGGUUGGGAACUCAACUUCAGAGAGCAGAAGGGGGCAUUUUGGUGGGAGCGGAGGAGAAUUGAGAAGCUGGAUCCUGUCCCUAGCUUGUGCCAGCCUCCUUCCCUUUCCUUCCAAAACACUGUCGCUAGAAAGUCCAUCUAGCUUUUUUCUUUUGCUAAGAGUCUGCCUAGCAAAAAAAAAAAAAAACACCAUGCAGGGUGGGAGAACAGGGAGGAGAGUCUCCAAGUUCAGGGGCUCAUAAUCAUCAAGGGCACAACCCAGAGGAUUGCACCCUAACUAUGUUUUAAGUCAGUUUCAACAUAUACUUGAAUGCAUUAGGAUGCAGGAUGAGAAAAAGGAACAAACAAAUGUUUUUUGAAGUACAAUUAUUUCCCCACCUAUCAAAUUACCUUUUCGAGGAGGAGGAGUUGAGGAUAAAGAAAUCUCAUAGUUAUGUAUCUCAUGACCUGUGUCUGUCAUUUUACAAAGGCUGAACGAUUCCCUUAAUGAACCAGGGAUAUUUUUUAAUCCACAACAUUUUUGUCAAGUGUUUCUUUUCAGGUAACUUCAUUGGCAUAAAUGUCCAUUCAAAGCAUGUAUUAACUAAGGCUGUGAUCCCAGGCACACUGCCUUGGUAGUCAAACCCAUUGGCAACAGCAGGGCUUUAACUUCCAAGCAAAUGUGUUUAGGAUCAGAUUUUACUAAAAUAUCAGUAAUAAUGUGAUGGCAAUCGUUUUAUAUGGAUAAAGAUGUGUGUGCGCACACACACAUGUGCGUCAGGUAAAUGCAGGUAAACGUACAUAUGCACCCUUCUCAAACAAACUGGUUUCCAGUUUUAAAUAAUUGAAGCAUUUUUAAUGUCAGACAAAAUCAUUCUUUUUACAAGUAAAUUAAAUUCAUCCUGCGUGUAUGCAUUUUUAUCCUUCUGAAUGGAAACGGAUGAUGCAUACUGUCAGCCAAAACAGGGAGGAAAUCAAGAGUUAAGAAUAAUUGUACAUAUUGAGCCCUGUGUUAUACAUGUGGGAUAACAGAUGUGAGCCUUUCUAGAGACAGAGAAAGAAGAAAAACACUUUGGCUUUUUUAUCAAACUAUUAAUCUGAGUUUAUCUAAUUAACACGUAGGAAUUAAGGAAAAGGGAGUCUGGUCUUAAAUACUAUUUAACUACUAGCAUCCUCUUGUAAUAUAGCAGAAGGGAGAAGAAUGAUGAGAAUAUAUCAUGGUUGGUCUUCAAGUAAUAGUGCAACAUUGAGUGGGAAGCUGUAUGUUCUUUAUGUUCCAUUACCUUAGCUCCAGUCAGGCAAAGUAUGCAAAAAUAAGGGGGACACAUUGUACAUUCAGUUUUUGCCCUGGACAGUACUGUCUGCAAAUUUAAAAUCAAGAAGCUGAUUUUUAUCUUUCUUUUAAAUAUAUAAAUAUCUGAGUAUUCACAAGUAAUAUUAAAAAAAGAAUAAUUUGUACUGGUGAGAAAGUUUCAGUAAAGAAGUAUCUCACCAGAAAUGCAGGCAGUGUUUUGAUGGGGGAGAGAGGCAGAUAAGAGCUCUGCUCUUGUAUACAUGUUUUAUUUGAGUAUCAUCCUUUUUUGUGUCUAGUUAUGUUCUCCAGUUUGUAAGUUUUUAUACAUUAUUUCACAGAAUAAAAAUGAUAUAAAAUGA